CGGCGCGGGGCGGAGGGGCGCGGAGCAGCGCGGAGCGGGCGCCGCGGGGCGCCAUGGCCCGCAGACUGUACGUCCCCCUCGUGCUGGCCGCUCUCCCUGCCAUGGCUGCCGGCGAAGAGAUCUCCUCUGCCCUGCAGGACUCGUGGGGCGAUUUCUGGCUCUUCCGUUUCUUUGUGAAUGCUGCUGGCUAUGCAAGUAUUGUGGUGCCAGGAUUCCUUCUCAUCCAGUAUUUUAAGAGAAGGAAUUACCUGGAGACAGGCCGGGGUAUUUGCUUCCCUGUCAUCAAAUCAUGUGUGUUCGGCUCUGAGGUGAAGUCUGUGCACCAAGAGGAUGGCUCUCUCCCACCACGAGCAGAACCCACAGAGUCCUCUACAGCCCGACAGGUCUUCAAGCUGCUCUUCUGUGCUGCUGGUCUGCAGGCCUCCUACCUGACAUGGGGUGUCCUCCAGGAGCGUGUGAUGACAAGGACGUAUGGUGCCACUGACACAGACCCUGGCGAGAAAUUUAAGGACUCACAGUUCCUGGUGUUCAUGAACCGCAUCCUGGCUUUCACGGUGGCUGGUCUGUACUGCGCCCUGACCAAGCAGCCACGCCAUGGCGCUCCUAUGUACAAAUACUCCUUUGCUUCCCUCUCCAACAUCCUCAGUAGCUGGUGCCAGUAUGAGGCACUCAAAUACAUCAGCUUCCCAACGCAGGUGCUGGCCAAAGCCUCCAAAGUGAUCCCUGUGAUGAUGAUGGGCAAACUGGUGUCACGCAAGAGUUAUGAGUAUUGGGAGUACCUGACUGCUGCCCUUAUUUCUGUGGGGGUCAGCAUGUUCCUGCUUUCCAGUGCUCCCAACAGGCACGUGUCCACUGUCACUACUUUCUCGGGCAUAAUCCUUCUGGCCGGUUACAUCAUCUUCGACAGCUUCACCUCCAACUGGCAGGAUGCCCUUUUCACCUACAAGAUGUCUCCUGUGCAGAUGAUGUUUGGCGUCAAUGUUUUCUCCUGCCUUUUCACGGUGGGCUCACUUUUGGAGCAAGGUGCCUUGCUGGAGUCAGCACGCUUCAUGGCCCGCCACUCGGAGUUCACAGCCCAUGCCAUGCUGCUCUCAGUGUGCUCUGCCUGUGGCCAGCUCUUCAUCUUCUACACCAUCAAUCAGUUCGGGGCUGCUGUCUUCACCAUCAUCAUGACGCUCCGCCAGGCCUUUGCCAUCCUCCUCUCCUGCCUCAUCUAUGGGCACACUGUCACCGUUGUGGGUGGGCUGGGUGUAGCUGUUGUCUUCAUGGCCCUUUUCCUCCGUGUCUACGCUCGCAGCCGCAUGAAGAAGCGAAGUAAGAAGCUACCUCCAGGCGAGACCCCCGUACAGAAGGUUUGAAGAGCUGAGGUCGUGGCGUCUGAGCUAUGCCCACUCACCUGCUUGAUUUCUCCCCUCUGUGAACCCACUGAGAAGCAGGUUGGGGGGUGGAUAGGCUGGACCAGUGACUCACCUUUCCACCUGCUUUUCCUGGGGAAGGGACUGGAACAAGCCCAGGGGAAGCCAGGCAGGCUCUGAGCUGCCAUAACUCCAAGCCUUUCCAUUUGCCUUAAUGGGUCAAGACUUCCAGCCAUGGCAUGGGCCUGGGAGCUCAGAUCCUGGGAGAAAACCAGCAUGGGACUGCUGGGACUCCUGCCCUCACCCUACCUGUGACUCACAGCUUCUCUCCAAAGACACUUGGAGAGUAAACAAAGGACCCUUCUUCCUUGGUACCAUCAUGCCUCUGGCUAAUGCUCCUCCGUUUCCGUUGCUACUACAGAGCUCAGUAGGAGGAGAGGGCAAAAGAAAAACACUCUAUCUUUGAAACACCUCUGUAUGAGGCAAGUGCUGAGGUGAGCCUGUCCCAAGAAGGAGCAGGGUAGAAGCUCUCAGCCCUGCCAGCCUCAGCUCUCCAGCCAAGGGGUGCUUCAGGUGGGAUAGGCAUGGCUAAGGGAAAGACUCCCAGUCUGUCCUAUCUUAGGUAGAUCUGCUCUGGGAGAACACUCUGAAGUCAUAACCAGUACCUUCCAGUUUGUUUUUUUUUUUUUUUUGAUCCCCUGCCCCUGUUCCAUGUUACUUUUCUUUGCUUCUCCCAAUCCAGGCUGAUUUUUAUGUAGAGACUGAGGCUGGCCAGCUGAAGGCUUGCUGAGUUGUUUUAAGUUGCUUUUCAGUUACAUCUGCUGCUAUCACAGGCCAAAGGCUGCAAUGCCCAGAAUGCUCCACCACCACCUUGGGGUGUCUCUGUACCAUGGUUUCUGGGCUUGGUAGUGACCAUUUAGAAAAGCACAAAUACACCCUCUUCUUCCUGUUGGCUGAAGGCAUCAGUCUCAGCUUUCUUGGGGCCUGGCCACAGCCAGAGAUGAGGCAGAGUCCACUGCUGUGCCUUGUCCCUACUCCACAGGCAGCAGGGAUGGAGCAAUUGGAAGCUACUCCCCCCCCCCCGGCUCUUCCCUAGCAGCCCAGGUUUUAGUGGUUAACCCUUUUCUCCCUAACACAACCUGGCAGGUUUUGGUACUUUUGAAAGGCAACUUUUUUUCUCUUUUUAUUUUAUUAAAUUAAAAAAUAUGCUGCAUAUGA